AUGUCCACGGAAUGGUCUCUAGAUUUCUGUCUGGCCUGUGAUCGGCAGACUCUCGGAGGCCCUUAUUGUUCUCAAUCAUGUCGUCUAGCUGAGUUGGAUCGUCCGACUCCCGACGAUGACUCGCAGUCUUUCCACAAAUCCUCCCACUCACGGUCCUCUACUCUCGACUCUGAGCCUGAAACUCGAUCGGCUCGCAGUCUAUCCUCGUCUUCCUCUCAAACAUCUCUCUCGUCACUACGGAGCCAUGCUUCCAGUACCACCUCCGAUCACCUACAAGACGAGCUACGAGAUUAUGCUAGCUCCUUCGAUCCAGUGCGAGACCUCAAGCGACGGUUGACAACCUCCUAA